AUGACUACACCAACGUUUGACGGGUCCAUGUCAAUGUAUGGUCCACCACAAAACCAUGCCCAUCCAUCCCGAGAGCAAUAUUCAGUGACGCCUUAUACUCAACCUGCGAAACCUCGGAAAGCGCAACGCGCCGCUCAGGCAUGCGAUAGCUGUCGCAAUUUAAAGGCGAAAUGUGAUGAAGGGCGACCGGCUUGUGGAAGUUGUAAAGAGAAGAACUUUGAAUGCCGUUAUCGAGAUCCACCACCGAAACCAAUCGACAAGGCUUCCACGGACAUCAUCGAGGCCUUAUUGCGGCUGGAAAAUCGUAACACGGAACUAUUCACUGUCUUGAAGACAGGUUUGGAGUUAUUGAACAAACGAGUGAACGAUUUACAGGAGAGAGUGGGCGCUGGUCGACCUUUAUCGAGCAUUGAGCUCAUGAAAGUGGAAGGGAGAGACGAUGUUCAAUUACCUGAUAAUUUUAGAUCAUUUCAUGACUCGGAUAUGAAUACUCUUCAUAAUGCCACGCCAAUAGAAACGCCAACUACCGUAGUUCCUGUACAACCACUUGAAGGGUCCACUCCUGGUGCAAUUGAAGAGGAAGAGGAAGGCGAACCUGUACCUCCAGGACAACCUUUAAUACCAGUCAAUCAUACGACAGGCGCUGCUAGGCUUUUACUGGUUCCUUCUGUAAAACAGAUGGUUGAGGGUGGGGGUGGUUUACCAAAGAAUGUGAAAGACGAGAAAUAUCCCAUGCUGCAAGAAGAGCGACGUGGAUUGUUAAGAUUAUUUGGAAGGGGGGAAGGAACUGACUUAGCUCAAGGUUACGACCGAGAUCCUAUGACAGACCAUGCCGAUUCUAUAGUCGAUACGAGUUCUGAUAUCUCCUCCCCAGCAGGUGAAGAAUGGGGUCAAUUAGGUGGUAUGACUCCACCAUCUAGUGCGCCAGAUUAUCCUCCACCAGUCGUUGGCAGUAUCAUGUCAGAUGGUAUGCCAGAUUUUCGAAAAAGUGUAGUUUUGGACUUGGUCAAAAGCUACAAGGAACAUAUAAAUAUCAUGCAUCCGAUAUUGAUACCGAGGCGACUGGAUGCUCUGGUUGAGUCAUUUCUCAAAUCUAUUCCAUCGGAUUCCGCGAAACCAAAACAAGUUCAGACUUUGGCAUCACAACAUGCAGGUUUUGUAAGUAUGAAACCACCAGAGAGUCCAGGAAGCAAGCGAAAAAGAUCGCCGGGAGUUGGAGAACCACCAGAAAUCUCAGUUGUCGGUGGUUACGGGUUUGUCAAGCCAGGUCAUCCAAGUCGUUCGAUUAGCACAGCUUUAGUCUUGGUGGUAUUAGCCUUAGGAAAGAUUUGUCAAGAGAGAGGGAAAAUUCCCGAACUUCCUUCCGACAAAGAUAUCGAAAAUCCUUGGGGCCACAUCAAUUCCCCAGUUGUACGAAAUGGUCAUCCAUCCCCCAUUCAAAGUUCUCCAACACAAUCUUCAGAACUACCAUCACCCAAGGACAAUAUUGAUCGAUUUUAUCCUCGCAGCCGAAGAACUUCGAUAGAAGGUGAUUCAUAUUUAGCAAGAAGUGGCUUUAGACCUAGGAAUGUGGAUGUCAUUCCGGGUUUGGCAUAUUUCGCACUUGCUACGGAUAUUAUUGGAAAUCAACUUGGAGGAAAUAGUCUACAGCAUGUUCAUGUGAAUAUUUUAGCCGGUCUUUAUCACGGACAACUUGGAAGGGUUUUGGAAAGUCAUUCAUACAUUCAUCAAGCUUGUAGAGCUUUACAGGUUAUUUUGAGACCGAAACUGGAUCGUUUCAAAAAGUUGAAGCAAGAUGGAUUUCCCGUAUUGGCGAAAGACAAUCCAUUGAUUUUCGCAUUUUGGACAUGCUUACAGCUCGAAAGUGAUAUCGUAGCAGAGUUACCCUGUCCACACUCUGGUAUUUUAACGUACGAAGAAAACAUGCCAAGUCCAAAUAUUGUCGAAGCCGUGAAAGAAGGUUUUGAUGAAAAGGUUUUGUUAAGUUAUCAAGGUCAACUCUAUCUUCGCAAACAUCUUAAUCAAUUACACAAUAUGUUUUACAAACCUGAUAAUGACUCCCAAUUUCCUUCUGUUUAUAAACGUCAAGAUCCCAAUCAUUAUGAAUCGAUAGCUACGGCCGAGGACUUUUUAUUCCGGUGGAAAGAAGCCGGAGGAACAAUUGCUUGGCAUGAAAAUGACCCUCCUGCGACAGAUAUCCUCACAGCACGAAUGAGAGCCAAGUAUUAUGGUGCGCAAGUUAUCACAUAUAGGAAUUUCGUCUUGAAGAUUUUGGAACAUUCACAUGCGGUAUCAUCCUCAAAUACGGUAGAACGCGGUGUUGAUGAUUUCCGAAAUGGUAUCGAGGUUCCAAGCAUCAAUAAACAUGCUACAUCAGCAGAUGAAAUUGAUAAGACAGCUCUAGACUAUGCAAGAAAUGGUCUUCAGGCACUUGUUAAUAGUACUAGAGCAUUUCAUGGUUUAGGAGAUGGUAGACUUUUUGUUACAAAUCCUUGGGGAACUGCACAUGCGCAAUGGGGUAAUGUUCUCACUCUCCAAGCAGCAUGGAACGAUAACAUUCUUCGACCAUUAUUUAAGGAUAUACUUGAUAAGGAAGGACUCAGUGACCUUCUCAAGAGAACUCUCAGUUUCCUUGGAAUCGUCGCAACGCGAUCCUCGGCCCUUUAUACCGAUAUGAAAAUUUUGGUUAAUGCAGGAAAAUACACAGGUCUCCUGGAGAGAGACUAUCAGGCACGUCACGUUACUACUUUCUCGGCAGCUUCCGAAAAGUUUACGUAA